GCCGGCGCCGCGGCCACGAGCACUACACUCUUCUCCGGCCAGUGGAGGGAUGGGGGGCUCCAGCUGCAGCUGAACCCAGACAAACUGGAUCAGGGGUCGAGGGGGAAGAAGUGCUCUCUGCCCGCCCUCGGGUGACUUCUGUUGGAUUAACUCCGCGCCAACAUGCCGUUCGCCAAGCGACUCGUGGAGCCCCAGUUACUGUGCAGGUACCAGGUCCCGGGCGAGGAGGCUGUGCUCUACGAGGACCUGGUCUCCAUCAGUCAUGUGGCUCUAUCCCGGACCUUGCGGCAGCUGUCGGACUUGGCCAAACACGCCUGCUCCAUAUUCCAGGAGCUGGAGAGCGACCUGGCCUCCACCAGCCUGCGGGUCAGGGGGCUGCAGAGGAAGAUCGGCCAGCUGCAGCAGACCUGCUCCGAGCUGGACCCCAAACAGGAGGCCGUGCCGGUGUCGAACCUGGAUGUGGAGAGUAAGCUGACGACACAUUACCAAGCUCCGUGGCACCAGCAGAGGAACAUUUUCCACCACUCCACGCGGCCAGUAUGUGUAGAAGAGCUCCACAGGCAAGCCACCCUCAGCCUGUGGGCCCUGCAUCGAGAUCACCAGGGCAGACGAUCGGGCAGCAGGGAGCGGAGAGUCACUAUCUCCAUCUCGGCUGUGCCCCCGAUGCCCAUGUACCCUUCCCCUCACAUCAUCAAGAAACAAGAGAAAAGGGGCACGGAUUUAACCACGUUUGAAUCCACCCGCUCCUCCUCCCCCACUGAAUGUUGUCACUUCUCUCCCUGGAGCAGAAAGGCUGCGCCCUCUGACCCCGACACUGACGGGGUGGCUCUAGGUCACCGGUCUAAGUUUCCCAUCCCUAACAUCCCCUCCACCCUGGACAAGCAGACUAACUGGUCUGAAGCCCUGCCGCUGCCCACCCCAGAGGAACGAAUGAAAUGCAAUUCCCAAGUCAUCACCUCAUGUGUCAUCCCCAUUAAUGUGACUGGGGUUGGCUUUGACAGAGAUGCUAGUGUGCGCUGCUCGCUCGUUCACUCCCAGUCUUUGCUUCAGAGAAGGAGGAAGCUGCGGAGACGGAGGACUGUCGCUGGCAUUCCCAGACAGGUGCAGCAAGAUUUAGACUCGGAUGACUCUCCAAGUUCUAGAGAGCGGACAGUGAUCGUUCAUGUCAGUCCAGACAUCACUCCCUCUAAUGAGGAGCUGGCCAGCCAUUUCAGCACCAGAGACUCAGGUUGCCAGACUGAAGACUUUCUGAUCUCAGGAGCCCCAUCACGCAGAAGGAUCAGGGCCCAGAGAGUCCAGGGAGUCUCCCUCUCCCUCUCUUACUCUGCAGGCAACAUCUCCUCCUUGCCGGACAGAGCUGACGCCAUGUUCACUGCCUCUGUUGGCCCACACCUGCGCUCCAGGAGUCUGCCUCGAGAUACCAGCAGGAUGAUGGAUAAUGGGCAAAAUGACAGCUAUGAUGAGGAGGAGCUUUCCCACUUUGACCCAGAGAAUUUCCUCCCUGUACCCGGGAAGUUGCUUCUGAAGGAUGAGGAGGAGAGCACAGAUGACCAGGCCAUUUCUGAACACCAGUUGGGCAUCAAGUACAAGCAGCUCUCUGAGAGUCCGGAGCGCAGCUGGAUGGAGAGGACCAGAUCCCAGCUGCCCAGGAAGGCCGACAUGGGCAGCUGUGAGAUCUCCUCUAGUUCAGACACCUUCAGCAGCCCUGUCCACUCCGUCUCUGUUGCAGGGGUGCUGGCAGGCCAGAUGGACCACAAGGAGGACCAUCAGUCUUCCAGCGGAAACUGGAGCGGGAGCAGCUCCACCUGCCCCUCACAAACCUCAGAGACCAUCCCACCUGCAGCCUCUCCACCUCUGACUGGCUCCUCACACUGUGACUCUGAGCUCUCCCUAAACGCUGCCACUCACAAUAACGACGACCCGACCGGCUUCUUGCUGGACCACUACCAGGGCGUCCGGACCCAGCGGACGGGCUCUUUCUCCUCCACAGCGAUGGACAUAUUAGAGGAAGCAGGGGUCAGCACUCCCAUCGAGCAGGAGUGGAGCUACUCCCACCCCGAGCCUCCGCGCCCGCAGGACUUCAGCCCAGAGCCAAACAGAGAAACUGAGAGCAGCCUGGGAUGCCCGAGCUUCACGAGCAUGGCCACCUGCGAGAGCAGCUUCUCUGACAAACCGCCGUCAGAGAAGGCAGACACUGUGUCACACUACUCUGUAGACACUGAAGGGUACUACACCUCCAUGCACUUUGACUGUGGUCUGAAAGGUAGCAGAAGCUUUACUUAUAACUAUGCAGCCUCUGGCUCCGACUGUGGCCUGUCUGACUUGAGUGGUCACAUGUCACUGGCGAGACGCUGCCUCUCUUUAAGAAAGCCAAAGGUGAAGCCGUCUCCACCGAAGAGGAGUUCAUCCUUAAGGAAAAUAUGCAGUGACGGGAACAUCAGUGACAAGAAGGAACCAAAGAUUACAUGUGGGCAGCAACGUCCACUGUCUUCCAAGGAGAGGAGACUGCAGCUAGCUUUGUCUGGCUCUCCGGGUCUUAUAGAAAACUCUUCACUGUCCAGAGAGCCCUUUGUGGUCUGGGGGGUGGAGGGCUCAGUCGAGCUACCCGAACUUGGUGUUUUUAGCUCAACCGAUACACAUUCGUUCAAGGAUGAGGGGGUCGUUCAGUCGGACUAUGCAGAUCUGUGGCUGCUGAAUGAUUUAAAAUCCAGCGAUCCUUACCGAUCUUUGUCAAACUCCAGCACAGCUACAGGUACAACUGUUAUAGAGUGCAUCAAGUCGCAGGAGAGCUCAGAGUCGCAGACAUCCCAGUCUGGCUCCAGAGCCACCACUCCCUCACUGCCAUCAGUCGAGGGCGAGUUUAAGCUGUCCUCUCCAGAGAAGUUGGCGGGCCUGGCCAGCCCAUCCAGCGGCUACUCUAGUCAGUCAGAGACCCCCACCUCCUCAUUCCCCUCCGCCUUCUUUCCUGGGCCACUGUCACCAUCCAGUGGUAAGAGGAAGCCCAAAGUCCCUGAAAGGAAGUCGUCUCUUUCAUCUUUGUCCCUGCAGUCGCUGUCCUGCGUGGACGGAGCCACCUCGAAGAGAGACCUGGAGCUGCCCAUAAUCCCUCCCUCCCACCUCGACCUAAGUGCCCUUCAAGGUGUCAACAAGGCCUCGGCUUACAGGACCCAGAUUCAAAUUCUUCACCAAAACAAACAGAAGGCUGCAGUGUCAGCCAAAGCUGCUCCCUGUAACUCAGAGGUGUUCAACACCCGCCCCCUGUCCAUCACACCCACCGUGCUGCACUCGGUGCAGCUCCGAUCCAUCAAUAAAGACACAGAGGAAAGUCAUGAGGACAGAACCACUUUCAAACUGAAAUGUCCGACAGUGAACUUGAAAAGCACACUUUCCAAUAGUAAAUCAUUAGAGCUCAAGAGUCCACUGAUAUACAGCUCACAUCAUCAUUACACAUCCUCGCAGGAGUUGUCUAAAUCAAUGUUUGGCUCUAAUGAGGAGCUUGCAUGUGGAGAUGCAGCAUGGCAGGGUGAGCUGAGGACCGAGCAGGACGCAGAGUCUCCUCUAGAGAGUGUGACAGUGUGCAGACUGCAGUCAGAGCCGUCAGCAGACGUCCGUGAGACAGCCUCGAGCCAGGAAGCAGAGAUGUGCAGACAGUCAGUAGAAACACCUCUCUGCUCUGUGGACUGCAGCUCGCAGUCAGAGCCCGUACAACAGCCGAGAAGUGAGCCCCCUGAAGAAGAGCUGUGUUCAAAUCCCUCUGUUCUGCACAGUUCACCCAACACAUCCGACAGUCUUGAAGAAGUGCCUGCUACUGAUGGUCAAUCAGAGUCGAUGCAAGAGAGUCCAAUCAGAAAUGAAGAUUACAAAGAGGAGGAAUGUGACUCGUCAGGUGCUUCAGCAGAAAGUGUCUCCCAGGACGGGACCACACCAGAGACAGAGGAUUACUUCAGUAAAGACUCCACACCCAGUGACACUGUAGCGUCCACACUGAGUGAUGAGUCGCGGCCAGAAGACGACAUUGUGUUUCUGUCACCCACCAAAACUCGCACCACUGAGGAUCUGUUUGCGAUGAUACACAGGUCCAAAAGGAAAGUGUUGGGUCGGAAGGACUCCGCUGAGUUAGGUGCGAGGAACCGUCUCAAUGCUACAUUGGGACCUACGCCACCCAGCAGCACCAUCAGCUCCCCAGUCUCAGUGGUGUCGACCCCCACCGCCGCGACCCCACCGGGCCCACAGAGAGUCCCCGUGCCCAUCUACAGGAACGUAAAGAAGUCCAGCACCUCCAACGAGGAAUUUAAACUGCUGCUGCUCAAAAAGGGCAGCCGCUCAGACUCCAGUUACCGCAUGUCAGCGACAGAGAUCCUCAAGAGCCCCAUCGCUCCUAAAUCUCCGGGAGAUUCUCUGACGGAGUUGCCCGGGCAGCCGGAGGAGCUCGCCUCCCCCUUGCAACAACAGCAGCAUAAUUCAGGGCCGGAUCAGCUCUCCAGCCCCUACCCCAAAGCCUAUGCUGAGGGCUUCUCUCCCAAAUCCUACCCCACAUCUGCUGCGUCCAGGCAGGGCCGCUCCAGAAUCCCCCCACCCGCCAACAGCAGCCGCUACGGCAUGCGCAGCAGACUGUUCUCAGCACCCAUGCAGGCCAUUUCUGAGGGUGAGACAGAGAACUCAGACGGAAGUCCUCACGAUGACCGCUCGUCACAGGGCUCCACGUAGAAUACAGAGUAUAAAUGUCAAAGGUAUGAAAUUAUUUUUUUAGUUUAAAGAUCAAACUAUGGACCAUAGUGAGUUAUAAUAUAUACUAGACGUGGUGAGAGGCAGGAGCAUUGAUGAGGAUCAUUUGGUUACACAGAAGACUAGAGGAAAACCUAUGCUGUUAAAAAAUCCUAAUUGAACUAGAUCUGGAUGAGUUUUAGAGCUGUUUCCUAUUUGUGUUUUUUUGUGGAUAUUUUAAACCUGUGUUUAUCUGUGUUCAGAAAUAUUUUAUACAUAUAGUAAUUCUAAAAUUGGAAUGAAAUGUUAGGAUAAGAACUGGGUUAUUUAGCAGCUGCAUUUUGUAGAUGAUUUAUGAAAAUAAAUUACAGGUCAAACAUUUCUUCAGUUCCUCAGAAAACACAAGCUGGUUAGUGUAUGGCACAUUGCCCAAAGCCAUAUAUGACACCCAGCUGACUCCCAACAAAACAAGUAUGUUCAUGUUUGAUCUGUUUUAUCUUCACUGUCGACAAAAACUCUGAACGUACAUUUUUUAGAUUUAUUGUAAAACUGUAUGUAUUCUAUGAAUACCUAUGCAAUUAGACACACAAUUUGUACAUCUCCUUACACCAGUUUUACCUAAAUUAUUUUGAUACCCACAACUGAAUAUCAGGACAAACACAAACAGCACAAUGCAUCUACUCAAAGUCCUGGGAGACAUCUGAUGUAAUGUGUUUAUAUACUGCCCUCAGUCCUUUUUAAGAGCAUAUAUUAAUCAAAUCAAUGAAAUAGUGAAUUAUUACAAUAUUUUAAAGUUCUAAUGCAAUAACGAGACGGAUUAGAGGUGAGACAAGAAUGUCAGAGCCAAGCACUAAGUUGACAAUCUCUGGAGAAAAGGAGGGAGCAGGUGAAAACAUGGGAGAAAAAUAAGUGAUCAAAAAGUUGCAGGAGGUGAAACAGGAGAGCUUUAGGAGAAAGAUGGAAAAAUGUAAUAAAGGUCAUUCAUGGUUUACUGACUGAAUUGUUGAAAGAGGCGAGUGGAAAGUGUUCAGGAGGAUCAGAAAUACAAAUACAGACAGUAAAGCUGUUUUCAGACAUGAACUGUGAAGAUUGGGUCCAGACUGCGUUCACAGCAACACAGAAAUUGAUUCACUCAGAUGAGGGGGGGUGGAGCAGGCAGACAUAACAUAUGAAUUCAGCUGUGGAGAUCACGUCAGCACCGACAUCAGCCCCCAAUCACCAAAAACUCUCUUGACAUCUUUCUCUGUGUCUUCGACAUGUGUGAGAUAUUUUUAUUCUUUUAGCUUGUAAGAAACAUCAUCAACACCCAGAACGUCCUUGGAUAAUCCAGAGUUCAGUGCAUGUCUGAAAGCAGCUUUUGUGACCAAGCAGCGUUGGGCCUCAGCAAGUCAAGUGUUUCAGUUUCGAUGGAGGACGUAGGGUCACAUUUGGAGCCAGGUUAUCGUCUGCGAUGAAAGUUCUAGAUCUGGAGACGUAGCAUUUGCUGCUAUUUUGUACCAGAUGUAUGUGUAUUUUACUCCCUGUCAAAACAACUGUCACAUUUUCUAUGUGAACUAAUCUUGAUAUAUUUAUUUUUAUACCCAGCACAGAAAAUCUCCCUGAUUUGGUUUUAAACCCUGAAAUAACCCCCCCCCCAAAAAAAACUGAACAUUUUUAUGAAAGUAUGCAAAUUAAUUGCUGUAAUUUUUAAACCUAUUUUAUUCAAAUGCUUAUUUUGUUAAUGAGAGACAAAUAAACAAUUUAUUUGAGAAAUUGUCUUGCAGAGACAAAUAGGAAAAGAACUCAUUAAUUGUCAUUAAAAGAUGACACACACAGCCAUAAGCUAGAAGAGAGGUUAUAGCUGUAACCCUGGUACUCUGAAGCAGUUUUUCUGUCCCACAUAUUUACAACACUUUCUUAAGUAAACAAAUAGUGUUUAUUGCAGUGAUCGACAAUUAUGCAAAGCUGAUGGAGUCUAUGUAGCCAUAUGACCAUGUAGAAGACUGUUCUUCACUACUGGUGCACUGUAGGUGUCUUCAUUUUGGCCUUAAUAAUGACGCUCCACUCUGAAGCAGUUACACACAUGUAUAACAGGGUACACAGUGGGUUACGUCUGGUAACCUUCAUUCCAACAUUUGAUUUUUCUUUGCACUGAUAAAGUGAUGUUUCAUUGGUCUCUCGCUGUACCUGGACAUAUUUAUAGACUUUUACAUGGAGCUGUUUGACUCUUCUUUGAAAUAUAUCCUCACUCUGAGUUCGCUGUAGGAGUGGUGUAGAUGCUUCUGCCAAAGGCUACAACACGUACGUGUUAUUGGCAUCGAACCGUUUUCUUCCUGUCUUGUUUACGUGGCUCAAGCGUUCUUGAAAACACAAACCAACACUAAAGAAGCAUUAGUGUAACUUAAGGUACUAGAUGCAUUUCAUGUCAGAUCAACCUCUAUAGUAUAUUGUUGUUUUUUUGUACAAAAAUGUUGUAAAUACAAUAAGUUUUGUAAGUGUCACAAAGGUUGUUUGAAUUGUUUUUUAUGUAAAAAAAAUAUGUUUUGAAAGUUUACAUUCAUUUCAGACCUUUGUAUAUGUUUGAGCUGUGGAACACUUUGUCUUGUAUUUAUUUUUUAGUAAGCAUUGUGGAAAUCCCAUAGUAAAUCCUAUCAAAGCCAACUGUGAGCACGACAGGCUGCUUAGCAAAUGUGUAUAAAACAGACAAAUAAAUGUGACUGCUUUGAAAAUGAA